AUGGCUGCUAAGGACAACGCAUGGCAUGCAUUUAAAGAUGAAAUGAAGCGAAAACGGCAAAACAAAACGACGAAAGAUACUAAACGAUUAAAGAAAUCCGAGCUGAUUGUCCAGAGACUAAGCGCAGAGGUUUCUGGUAAAGCUCAAAAGUUUAGUAGAAUUGGACCACGUGAAUUUGUGCCCUUUGAUCCCGAAGAAGACAUGAGCCUGGAUAACAUCAAGUUAGCGUGUGAAAAACAUUUCAAUAUAUCAGGGGAUCUUCGCUGUGACGUCCUGGCAGGCGAGCAAGGGCCUUCUUGCAAAACAAUGGACCAAGUGCCGAAUGUCUCCAAGCUCGUCCAUGUUCGCUUCAUCAAAUGCGAUGAAGAGGAAGUAUACAAUGACAUACAAGAUACCCAACCUGCCGAGGUCAAUCAACCGAGGAAAGUACGCGUCGCUAAAGAUGCAGCAAAAUCAAUGUCAUAUGCACAGCUUAAAAAGAAUCCAUCGCCUGUCAAAAGCCAGUGUUUUCCUAAAAGUCUUUCAGUAUUAGAAAUGUUAAAGAUGGGCAAAGUUCUUGACAAGAAAAGCACAACUGUGAUCACAUUACAUUCCUUUAACAUUGAAUUAAUGGCUUGGAACGUAGUUCCCACUACUGUUGAAUUUGUUGUUGAAGAAGAGCCACUAGGAAUUGGGGCAUUCCGUGAGGCACGUAAAGCAACAACCACCCACCCCCAAUUUGUCUACUCUAAGUGGGUUGUCAAAUACUACCUACCUAAAGCAGAGAAAGAUAUUGAAGAAGCUAACCAGAGCUUGGAGUCCCACACUAAGAAAACAGUUCAAAUGCACAUGCUGGCACGAAAUUUUGCCAUUCAGCUUGAGAAAACAAUGGAAUCAAGUGUGUAUAAAACUCCUCUUAAGUACAAUAAGGUAUUUUUUGGUGUAACAGAUGACAACCAGUAUGUCAGUGUUGAAGAAUAUGUCAGUGGAGACUUUAUGAAGUACAUAAACAAUGAUGGCAUUUCAUGUGUUGAGGAGUCUGAUGUUAGCCAAAAAGCAGGCUGCCUGGCUCAUUUUUCCUAUCAGAAGUCUGACAGGAAAUUAAUUAUUCUCGACAUACAAGGAUCUGACCACACCCUUUAUGAUCCAGAAAUAGCAACAUCUGAUCUAUUUGAUCAGGAUUGUGAGAUGCUAUUUUGCAGUGGUAACUUAUCAAAGAUUGCAAUUACAAACUUUGUGAAUGAUCAUAGUUGUAAUAAGUACUGUAAAUCUGCUGGUCUAACAGAACUUUAA